ACAUUGUAUUGAUACGUUUUGGAAGUCAGCCACAUUUUGGAAGUCAGCCUAUGUUAGUUCUCUAAGCACGCAAUACAUAAAAUGGCCUAGUGAGGCGAAGAAACUGGAGACUAGUAAUAUUUUUGAAGAGAAGUGUGGCUUUUCUAAAGCAAUAGGUAAUGUACAUACAUUGAUAAAAAUGAAAAGCGUUAAUUAAAUACAAUGUUCUCAUUUAGGUUACAUCGAUGGAACUCACAUCGUCAUCGACCCACCACAAACUAGGAAAGAUUACUACAUUAAUCGAAAGGGCAAAUAUAGCUUAUGCUUGCAAGGUGUCUGUGACGAAAAAAAGAAGUUUAUUAGUAUUUUUGUAGGAUACCCGGGUUCGUCGCACAAUAGUUGGGUUUUUCAAAACUCGCGCCUGCACAACAACCUUUCGGAAAUAUGUGGAGGUUAUCAAUUUCAGAAUAUUAUUUACUGGCCGAUUCCGCAUAUCCGUGCACUUCUAAUGUAGUCACGCCCUAUCGCGACAAUGGGCACUUAACACACCAGCAGAAAAGGUUCAACAUUAAGCUGAGCUCUGGGCGAGUGGCAAUAGAGCAUACCUUCGGCAUACUGAAGCAGCGAUUCCGGCAAUUAUAUUAUUGCAAGCUUGGUGUUGAAAAGCUGUGCCAUUUUAUACGCACAUGUUGUGUUCUUCAUAAUAUCGCCAACCAAGAUGAUUUAGAGUUCCAUAUGGGGGAAACUUCAGAAACAGAAGAGGGUGUGGAAGGAUACGUUCAUACUUCAGCAAAUUUAAGAGGAAACACCGUGAGAGAAGCUGUAUCCCGAGAAAUCCUAUCACGCUAAAGCAUGUACAUAAAGAUUCUGAACAAAAAUUUUAAAAUUUUGAAGGCGUUUUUUCGAAAUUUGUUAAAUUUUCGUGAACUGUGCACAAAGUUUUAAACUGUGACUUAUGUGGU